AUGAAUAGAAACUUGAAAUUGGGUAACAAUAUUAAAUUUAGUGUAGGUGAAAUCGAGAAUCUAUCAAAAAUAAAAUUAGCUCGUUUUUCAGAGACCGCCACUAGAUUCUUCACAUAUGUCGAUGACACAAAUUAGAUAUACAUUAAUAAGAUAGAAAAUUCAAAAAAUUUCUUAGAUGUUAAAUUAUUCAACCCAUUCCAUUAGUACUUUGUUUAAAGUCAGAAUGAAAUCUCAAGUAUCAUCUUUAGCAGUUCUGAAAAUGAAAUCAUAAAUGGAUCAAGCAAAGGAAUUAUUACAUUUGUCGAUAUAUCAACUUAAAAGAUUUAAUCAAAUAUUAAAGGUCAUUUAUCAUCUAUAACUGCCUUAGCAAUAUUUCCAAAUCAAGAAAAUAUGGUGUUUAGUGGAGCAAUGGAUAGUUAAGUAAAACUUUGGGAUUCUAGAUCUAAAACAGCUGGAUUCACAUUAAGAGCGCACACCUUAUCAAUUAGCACAUUAGCUGUUUCUCCUGAUGGUAAAUUAUUAGCAUCCGGUUCGAAUGAUGGAAGCGUUAAAAUUUGGGAUAUUCAUUAAUAGAAAUUGAUGGCCACCUUUAAUGAAUCCGAUUCAUCCAUAACAUGUUUAUAAUUCAAUCCUCUUGAUAAAGCAAUAGCUACAGCUUCAGACGAUGGAUGCAUAAGAUAUUGGGAUUUAGAUAAAUAUAAUUAAAUAUCCUCAACCAAGCCAGAUAAAUAGACAGUUUAUUCGAUUAGAUUUUGUAAUGAAGGCAAAUCCUUAAUAUCAGCAUAAAAUUUUUCUUUUAAAUGUUGGGAUUUAGAAAGAGAUGCUUUGUUACUAGAUAAUGUUGAAAGUCAAUGCAAGAGCAUAUUGGAUACAUAUAUAUUUGAGGACAGAGAAUUAUUUGGACUAUCAACUCAGAAUUAGACAGGUUUAAGUGUAUUUGGAUCAAAAUUAUCAAAUAUAAAUUUUGAUAGUAGAUUCAGUAUGGAUAGAAACAAAUAGAGAAUACAUAGUGAAAGAAUAUAAGGUACAGAGAUAAAUGAUCAAUUUCAAUAGAGAAAUAGUGUCAAUAUUUUGAAGCCGAAAAAUUCUUAAAAAAUAUUUCAAAAUAAUUUGAAUCAAAAAGCUUCCAAUUAGAAUCUUAUUGAAGAAUAAGGAUAUUAAAUAUGUAAUAAUAAUGGAAAUAAGUUUGUACCUACUACGUAAAUUCCCUAAAUGAUUGCUUAUGAAAGUGUAAUUUAAGAGGAAGACGUUAAAGAAAACUAAUAAAGUGUGCUAGAUUUAGUUACAAGUUAAGACGAAGUUAAUUUAUCAAGCUUCGUUAUUGAUGAUGAGAACAAAUUGAAAUUUAUUUAAAUAGAUAUGAUUAACGAAAUAUAGAAGGAUCACAAUAGAGUUAUGUAAAUAUUAAAAUAAAGGAUAAAUUACAUGAAGCCUAUAAUGUAUUGGUGGAGCAAUAACAACAUAAAAUCGGCCAUCAAUGCAAUUAAUCAAUUAGUUGAACCAUCAAUAUUAUUUGAUGCCUUGACAAUGUGUUCACAAAGUUCAAGGUUUAAAUCUAUACCAAUUGAGUAAAUGCCUUAAAUGUUAGAGAAGUGUAAAGUUCUAAUAGAUUCAAAAUACUUAUCUCAUAUAAAGGGAGGCAUUGUGUUCUCAUAUAAGGCAUUCAAUAUUUAUAGAGAUAAAUAGGAUAUUAUAACAAUAAAAUGUUUCAAUUAGAUGUCGAAAGUGGAUUUAAGUAGAGAGGAAAGAGUUGCUAAAUAUGACAAAAUAGUGGAAUAAUUAAAGUAAAUAAUUUAAAUGUCAAAAUUAACAAAAUUGAUAGAAAGAAACAAGGAAGAAAUUAGUGAUUUAGCUAAAAAAUUUUAAAUAGAAAUGUUAGGCUUGUUAAAAAGAAUUAAUUAAUAAUAAUGA